GGGAUGCUGGGGGUAUUUGCAGCUCUUACCAGGGCAGUAAGAGAGGGUUAGAAAGAGAGAUACAGCCCACUGUUGCUAUUGGAUUAUGGAAGGGAUUUGCAAUUUGCAUUAAUCUGUGUACAACAGCCACUCAAUCUGAGCGCUGUUCGCGCCUGGACGCUCUCACACACGAUCCCGUACAUGCAGAGGCACUGAAACAUAUACACACCUCCAAAAGUGCAUGAAGAUACAAGGAGAAAUAUUCAGACUUUUUGGAUGAUGAACCUCUUCUGCUUCACUCUGGAUGGCUCUACAGACAGCCUGUAUGAGCCUACCCAGAGUGUCAAGAACAGCCAAGACUUAUUACACAAAGGGGGAGCAUUACCCAGAAUGCCGUGCAGCCCCAGGGCUGUGAGUGGAUCAGAGACUAUCAUGAAGCUUCCAAAGACUUGCACAAAUAAAAUCCACUUGGAAAAAGCAAAAAGAAAGUCCCAAAUAAUAACAGCAUCUGAGGAUGAAGCUUCAGAUCAUCCAGUGCCUGGUUAUAGCCACAGUCCCACCACCAAGAAAAAAGACAGAUGGACAGACAGUCAAAAUGAUUUCGACACAGAAACGGUCAAAGAUCAGCACCGGCUUAAACUCUUCCUAAAGGAUGAGAAUGAUGAAACGGUGUGUUCGGAGGAAGUGUUGAGAAAUUCUUCAAUUCAGGGUGUGAAUUUUGAGGCCUGGAAUCCCAACAGAGAAAACCCCGAUGGCAGGCAGCCAGACUUGUUCAGGAGGACAGAAGGUGAGGAGGAAGCACAAGGGACGCUCAAGAGGAUCCAGAAACUGGUGGGAGUUAAGAAGGGAACUCAAAUCAGCACAGAGGAUUUGAGGAACAAAACAAACAGUAGUGGUGGCCACCUGACAGAAUCCGAGGGUAAAGACAACAGUCCAGUCAUAACCUGCAUCAGCCUGACCAAAAAAACUGAGAAAAAGCCCACAACAUGUUCCACACAAUACGUACAGCAAUCCCAGAAGCCUCUUCAAAGAAAAGAUGUAAAUAAAACAGAAGCUUCCUGGAGUCCAGGCCUCUUUCAGGAAUACUGGAGUCCCAUAAUCUAUUCUCCAGGCUGGGACACCGCCACACACACCUGCCACAGGUCAACAGCCGAACAGGUCAUGUACAACUUCAACUUCACCCUCCCCAGGGCCACAGAUUGGGACAAAUAUGAGGAGCUCUUCCACCAACUGGACCCUUACAAACGAGACCAGCAAGCCAGAUGGAUCACGCACUCCGUCAUGGAUCUGGACCUGGCUAACCACGUGGUAAGAUCAGUGUUCAUGUAUCUCAGUUUAGUGUGUUGUGAGCAUUAA